CAGAUUAAUGAGAAAAUCCAGUAUAAGGUUAAAGGAGCGUAUAUUUUGAGUUCACCAUUUGCAAUUGCAAGGAUUCGACUUCAUUGCCUUUCUCUCCGUUAUCCCUACUUCUCUCUCUCUCUCUCUCGCUCUCAAAAUAAAUAUAGCAUAUGUCCUUGUAUCAUUUGGGUGAUAGCCGGAGAAACCCUUCGCCGCCGGUCAGCCGUUCUUCAAUUCGGCGAUAGGCCGCCGGGGGUGGGGUGCUCCGGCCCCGCAAAGCUCAAGUGUCUGCCAAAUUCAAAACCCCAACGGUAUAAGUCCUCUCCGCGUCCGGAAGUAGGUGUUUAUUAUUGUGCUUUACUCUGUAGCUGUAGCGAGGUCAAUUCAGUCCCGACGACCCCAGACAUUGCCCAAAAUUGAGUCUCCUGGUUUUUUUUGGUGAUUGCUCUCGGGGACUUGGAAAUCUGUGCCCUACUUUGAUGAUUUGAUUGGUGCCUUGUACAAGUUCUAGGGUUAGGGUUUACUGGAUUGAUAUGUUCAACAAAAUUAUAAAGCGCGGGCAACGGAAGUCUUCUAAAUCGGACGGCGCCGAUAUCGGGUAUGCCCCGCCGGGGAGUCGGAACGCCGGGUCGGUUUCGACCUCGAAUGUGGUCGUAAACCAUACCUCUAGGGGCGGCCCGGCGGCGCUUAAUUCCGUCGGAGCUGCGAUACGGGCUGCUUCCCUGCCGUCGGGGGCAAUAGAGACCCUCCCUAUGUUCAGGGACGUUCCCGUCUCUGAACGACAGAACUUGUUUCUUAGAAAAUUGCAGAUUUGUUGCUUCCAGUUUGAUUUCUCCGACACCCUGAACAUGGUCAGAGAGAAGGACAUUAAGAGGCAGAACCUUGCGGAGCUUGUUGAUUUUGUGCAGUCGGGUUCUGGCAAAAUUUCAGAGAGUAACCAGGAAGAGAUGAUUCGGAUGAUUUCAGUGAAUAUAUUCCGCAGUUUACCACCAGCUUCCCAUGAAAAUACAGGUUCAGAGAACACGGAGCCAGAAGAGGAUGAUCCCUACCUCGAUCCAGCAUGGCCCCAUUUACAGCUUGUGUAUGAGCUGCUUUUGCGAUAUGUUUUGUCAUUCGACACUGAUGCUAAGCUUGCCAAGCGGUACGUUGAUCAUUCUUUUGUUUUAAAACUACUUGACUUGUUUGACUCGGAGGACCCUAGGGAGCGAGAAUAUUCCAAGACAAUUCUCCACAGGAUAUAUGGGAAGUUCAUGGUGCAUCGCCCAUUUAUCAGGAAAGCAAUCAAUAAUAUAUUUUACCGCUUUAUAUAUGAGACAGAGAGGCAUAGUGGUAUCAGUGAGCUUCUGGAGAUUCUUGGGAGCAUAAUUAAUGGGUUUGCUCUGCCAAUGAAAGAAGAGCAUAAGUUGUUUCUUGUUCGGGCUCUUAUACCACUCCACAAGCCUAAGCCAUUAGCAUUGUAUCAUCAUCAACUCUCAUACUGCAUUAUUCAGUUUGUCGAAAAAGACCAUAAGUUGGCUGACACUGUUAUAAGGGGUUUGUUGAAAUACUGGCCGGUAACCAAUUGCCAGAAGGAAGGUCUCUUCCUCGGGGAGCUAGAAGAGGUGCUGGAGGUAACACAAGCUGCAGAAUUUCAGCGCUGCAUGGUUCCUCUUUUCAGACAGAUAGCUCGUUGCCUCAACAGCUCUCAUUUUCAGGUCGCUGAACGAUCUCUCUUUAUAUGGAAUAAUGAACAUAUUGUGAGCUUGAUUGCACAAAACCGGAGUGUGAUCUUCCCAAUCAUUUUUGAGGCAUUGGAGAAGAACAUUCAGUCUCACUGGAACCAGGCAGUACACGGGCUAACUGUCAAUGUUAAGAAGAUGUUCAUGGAAAUGGAUGUUGAAUUGUUUGAGGAGUGUCAAAGGGAGUAUUCAGAGAAAGAGUCCAGGGCAAAAGAAGUCGAAGAGAGGCGGGAGCUGACAUGGCAAAGAUUGGCCGCCGCUGCGAUACAAGGAGAAUGAGGGGAUUGUGAAAUUCGUUUAUCUGAUUCUUUAGGUGCAUCACAUUCCGUGACAAAUGAUAAUCAAGCUCCUGUUCUGUUCUUGUUGCUUGUCUUCCUCUUUUUCUUCUUCUCUCCCAAAUUUCUUUCUCCAUUUUUCUUUCCCCAAAUCUCAAUCAAAACCGCAGGCAAUGUAUCCUAUAAUGUAUUAUUAGUAGAUGGUGGUGGCAACUUUGCAGAGCAAGAAUGGUUUGUGAAGUAUGUUGUGUAUUUUCAUUUCACUUCUACAUUUAUGCCCAACAAAUACAAGGACUACUCUACCUUCUACCUUC